UUACAUAUCGAGGUAUACCUUUAUCAAAGGUGCACCCAGUGCAAACCAUACGAUACAUUUUACGUAUACAACUUGAUAACUUGACCAAUUCCUUGCACGUUGGCACCUAGAUCACUGAAGACUAGGUUCAUAUACCCGCAAGAAUGGCUCUUGUAUCUGUUGUUGGUUUCGAUGUUGGCAACGAUACCUCUUGCGUGGCCCUGGCCCGCAAGAGGGGCAUCGAUGUCAUCAUGAACAAGGAGAGCAAGCGUGAGACGCCUGCCGCGAUCAACUUCGGCGAGAAGAUGCGCUUCCUGGGCACUGACGGCGCCGCCAAGCUGGGCCUGCAGCCGCAGAACACGGUCCACCAGCUGAAGCGCAUCCUGGGCAAGAAGUUCAAGGACCCGCAGGUCCAGGAGGACAUUGCCCGCCUGCCCUUCGCCGUGAUUGAGGGCCCGGACGGCGGCUGCCUCAUCAAAGUGCGCUACUGCAACGAGGAGGCCGUGUUCACGCCCGAGCAGGUCAUGGCCAUGGUGAUUGUGGACCUGAAGCGCAUUGCCGAGGCGGAGGGCGGCAUCGCCGUCACCGACUGCGCCCUGUCCGUGCCCGACUACUUUGUGGAGGCGGAGCGGUACGCCAUGCUCAACGCCGCGCAGAUCGCCGGCGUGAACUGCCUGCGCCUGAUCAACGAGACCACCGCCACUGCCCUGGCUUACGGCAUCUACAAGACCGACCUGCCGGAGACUGACCCCGUGCACGUGGCGUUCGUGGACAUCGGGCACAGCCACACGCAGGUGGCCAUCGUGUCGCUCAAGCGCUCGCAGCUGGUGGUGCGCUCCCACGCCUGGGAGCGCAACCUGGGCGGCCGCGACUUUGACGAGGUGCUGUUCGACCACUUUGCAGCCGAGUUCAAGGCCAAGACCAAGCUGGACAUCCGUGACAACAAGAAGGGCGCCUUCAAGCUGCGCGUGGCGGUGGAGAAGGUGAAGAAGAUGCUGUCGGCCAACAGCGAGGCGCCGCUCAACGUGGAGUGCAUCAUGGAGGACGAGGACCUGCGCGGCAUGAUGACGCGCGAGAUUUUUGAGCAGCUGGCGGAGCCAGUGAUCGCCAGGCUGCGUGCGCCCAUGGAGGCGGCGCUGGCGGAGAGCGGCCUGACGGUGGAGGACCUGUCCAGCGUGGAGGUGAUUGGCAGCGCCACGCGCACGCCCUGCGUGUGCCGCGUGGUGGAAGAGGUGUUCAAGAAGGCCCCCAGCCGCACCAUGAACUCCAAGGAGUGUGUCAGCCGCGGCGCCGCCCUGCAGUGCGCCAUGCUGUCGCCAGUGUUCAAGGUCCGCGACUUCGAGGUGAUCGACUCCUGCCCGCUGAGCGUGUGCUUCAGCUGGGAGGGCAAGGACGGCAGCACCGUCACGCAGACGCUGUUCAAGCGCGGCGAGGCCUUCCCCAGCACCAAGAUGAUCUCGUUCAACCGCGCGCAGCCCUUCAGCGUGCGCGCCCACUACGACCUGGACACGCCCGCGCAGCUGCUGCCGCCCUCCUUCGACAAGCAGCUGGGCGUGUACAGCGUGGGCCCCUUCACGGUGCCGCCCGGCGCCGAGUCCGCCAAGCUGAAGCUCAAGAUCAGCAUGAACCUGCACGGCCUCACGCACGUGGAGCAGUGCCAGGCCAUUGAGGAGGAGGAGCUGGCCGAGCCCGCCGCCGCCCCCGCCGCCGCUGACGCCAAGAUGGACGACGCCGCCGCCCCUGCCAACGGCGAGGCCGCGCCCAUGGACGCCACCCCCGCGCCCGCGCCCAAGAAGAAGAAGGUGAAGAAGACGGACGUGCCAGUCCAGUGUGUGGGCGCGUGCGGCUACUCCAAGUCGCAGCUGGACGACUUCUUUGAGAAGGAGUGCCAGAUGCAGGCGGCGGACCGCCUGCAGGAGGAGACCAACGAGCGCAAGAACGCGCUGGAGGGCUACGUGUACGAGCUGCGCAACAAGCUGUACGACGUGUACGCGCCCUUCAUCAAGGAGGCGGACAAGAAGGUGCUGCAGGCGCAGCUGACGGCCAUGGAGGACUGGCUCUACGACGAGGGCGAGGACACCACCAAGUCGGUCUACACCUCCAAGCUGGAGGAGCUCAAGGCCAAGGGCGCGCCCGUGGAGGGCCGCUACGCCGAGGACCAGUCGCGCGGCCCCGCGGUGGAGGCCCUGCGCGCCGCCGCCGCCUCCUACCUGGACAGCGCCAAGGGCGACAAGCCCAGCCUAGCGCACAUCCCCGCGGAGGAGAAGGCGGCCGUGGUCAAGGAGUGUGACGCGGCGCUGGCGUGGCUGAACGAGCGGCUGGCUCUGCAGUCCAAGCUGUCCAAGGCCGACGAGCCCGCGCUCCUCACCGCCGACAUCAACAAGAAGCGGGAAACCCUGGAUCGCGUGUGCAAGCCCAUUCUGUCGCGGCCAGCGCCCGCGCCCGCGGCGCCGCCCGCGCCCGCCGCCGCGGAGCCGGGUGCCGCGGACGCCGCCGCCGCCUCGCCUGAGCCGAUGGAGAGCGAGGCCAGCCCCGGGCCCGAGGCCAGCUCCGAGGCGCCCAUGGAGACCAACUAAACUACCAUUGGUGUUGGGCGCUGGGAGCUUGUACGGGGAUUACCGUCUGUUAGCGGUUGAUGGAAUGAGGCAGGCGUGUGGCGCUUGAAUUAGUAUGGUUCAAGGAGAGCGUGACGCAAACGUUGCAAGGUCUGUUUAAGAACGGUUGGCGAGGAGCGGAAGGGUGACAUUAGGUAGAGGGCCAGUGCUGCUGGCGGUGCUGCGAAAGAGCCAUCCGCUGCGCAGGACUGUGUGUGGGUGAUUGCAUGGCGUCAAUGUUUGGGCGUGCUUGGGUGCUGGUGCAGGUGGGUUUGUGUGCGGGCUGGUGCGGAGGUGAUGGACGUCAGGGCGGCGUGGGGCGGUGGCGCCCUCGGCAGAAGGCGGGGGUGGCGAACCCUUUUGCGUGCAACUGAGAUUGGGGGGGCCGGCAUACGUAGGCAAGGAGGCACGUAGGAGCACAGGGCUGGCUGAUACAUAUGCGAGCACAAAGAAGAUUCCGAGUGCAGGUGGCCGCAACCGGCUGCAACCGUUUGUGCGCGAGAGGGCAAAGCGGACAUUCAUUACUUUGAGCGCAACCCCUCUGGGUCUGGGUCUGGAUGUUGGUUUCGUUGGAAUUGGAAUGAACUA